GUAGGUCACAGUGGAGUCUCGUAGCUGUCCCAGGAGCCUGAGGCAGCAGUUGGAGUUGAUGCACCGGAAGGAUGAGGAAGGCCUGGCUCUGGGGGCUGCUGUGGAUGCUCUUGGUCUCAGAGCUCCGAGCUGCAACUGAAUUAUCUGAGGCAGAACGGUAUGAAAUGGCAGAGGGAGAGACACUGGAUGUGAAUUGUCACUUUGACUACUUGAAAUAUACCUACAGCAAGAAGGCUUGGCAGAGGCUGAUAGAUGGAGGGAAGCCAGUGACUGUAGCAGUCAUAGAGAAGCCUUCGGGGAAGCCCAUUCAAGUCCAAGUGGGGAGGAUCACGCUAGAAGAAAGCCCUGAGCAUUCCCUACUGCACGUACAAAUGACAAACCUUCAAGUAGAAGACUCGGGACUGUAUCGGUGUGUGGUCUAUGACCCUCCCAUAGACCCUAAAACCCUGUUCUUUCCUGUCCACCUGGUGGUGACCAAGGAUUCUCUAGGUACUACUGCCUCCAAUGAGAAUCCUGUUCAGAACUUGCCUGAGAUUACCACAGUUCCUCCUACUACCACCAAGGCCUCCAGCCUGCAAUAUACCAGCUCCAGCACCAUGACCCAAGCUCCAUUCAGGUCAAUUCCUGUCAUCUCCACUCCUGGCCCUGGAGUCAACUUUCAAAAUGUGACAAAUGUCACCAGGGUCUCUGUGUUCAGCAUUGUCAUCCCCGUGGCCUGUGGACUCCUGACUAAGAGCCUGGUCUUCACCGUCUUGCUUGCUGUCACCCAGAAGUCAUUCGGACUAUAGACCCAUGAACCCAUGAGAAUGACCUCUGACCUCCAGCCACAGCCAUCUGGCAGUUGUGCCGGGAGAGGAGUGGGGGGUGGAGGGGGAAAAACUGUGUGUGUGUGUUAAUGCCAUGGAUUUUAUCUGUGAUCACUGGCUAUUUCUAAGGUCAGGAUCCCACCUUCCUGGCCCUGCCGACUCCCCUCAUUUCACUAAUAACCUCGGGUGUGCACUUUGCGCUCUCAGAGGAGAAGAUGUAGCCCCGAACGUGCCCUUCCUUCCACAGGCAGCUCGGGGUUUGCAUGGACUGUGGACAGUCCAGUGCUUUUCACUGCUGUUGUGUGUGGCGGUCGUGAGGACCAGAGGGCACACCUGGUAGUUCUCUGGCUCGUCCUUGCCGUGGAAAGUACAAUUUCGGCCUGACCUGGGCAGAGCUCCUGCUCCAGGGGCAUCCCGCGCGCCCCACUGCUGGGACUUCCUCUCUCUCUCUAGCCUCAGACGCUUGCGCGUCACUCCUCACACACGACACUUUCCAACACUUCCAGAAAAGGGUGUUGAAAACCAUGCAACGUGGGGAAAAACAAGGUACCACAGCAAGAAUUGCGUAUUUGGGAAAGAGAAAACAAGUUAAGUGGAAUACCGUGUCCUGGGAAAAUACUGUCAGGAGGAGCUGGGAUCUGUAGGAUAGCAUCGAUAGACAAUAUCUGGUAUGCUGUGUGCAUUUAUCUCUGGAUCCUGCAAAUAAUUCCAUGAAGGCAGAGAUGCAUGUGACUAGAACGAAGCCACAUGAAUAAUGUCACCACUUACUGGCAGGAACAAAAACUGAAGAGCUCCUUUACUGAAGGACCCCAAAGCCAUAUAGAAUAGAACAACCUGGGGUUCUGCCUAUGUCGAAAUGCCUCUCUUCCUGUAUUUCACAGGGGGCAGGGAGGGUGGGGUGACAAACUCUCUCCACUGAAGUUCUUGAAAGCUGUCCCCACGUGCUCUCCUGGUUCUCCACUCUCUACUCCUCCUCCGCAGAACUCCCCUUUUAGCUCCCGUCCCCGCUCCAGUGCCCUAACCCGGGAAAUAGGUACACAGGCACACCUGUGUCUGGUGAUCUCUCACAGAUUGGAUUUUGCUAUUUCCUACCUCUUUGGGCUCUAAAGGGAAAGGGGCCUCAUGAGGUUGGGGGAAGGAUGGCGGGUCCUUCCAUUCCAAUUUAGCAAUGGCCAAGGCCAGUAUCAUCCUAAAUUCCCCAAGAGCAAUCACACUUUCCCACACAUUCAGUCUGUCUUACAUUUGGAAAACACAUUCCUACAAUCAGCACAAAGUGUGAAAAAAAAUACCCUGAGCACUAAGGCACAGUCUCCCUCUUUCUGAGCCUUCCUCUGUCACAUAAAAGCUUCCCCAUUAACCUGAACACUGCUCUGUGAGAACCUGCCAGGUGAUGCCACUAACCCCAGAGAGGUUAUUUCUGACCCCUCAGUUUUGAGUCCAUUAGAAGAUGUGCGAGGGGCAUGUGUUUCAUCCUGGUGCUCUGGUGAGACUCUUCAGAGAAGCACUUGACCCAGAAGCUAUUGAUCUGUCACACAGUGUUUGCGUGCCAAGGCUGCCGGUCUGGGACCUGCCCUUUAGCAAUUCCAGUGUUGCUUCUGUUUAUGAAUUUGAUAAAACAUGCAGGGCGGGGGGGAACUAUAAUUAAAUACUCUCUAGGAGAGUCUGAACACACUAGGGCGGUGUCUCUCAAAGUGUAGUCUUUAGACCACCUGAGUCAGAUCUUCCUGGAGCAUAAAACAAAUUCUUAGAUUCCAGGGACCCUCCAGACCCCGCUGCAUUCUAGCACACGGCCCUCUCUUAGUGGGUGGUGCUCAAGCUUGUUUUCAAGAAGUCAUCGUGCUCCUUAGCAAAGCCCAUGACACGUUCAUAUAGAUACCAACUGCAUGGUCUAGUGUGCUCGCAUGCUAGAUUUAGUUAUAGAUAAAGUGGUAUUUAAGUCCAAUGUAUUAAACUUGCCUGAAAAAUUAUAUACGCUAAAUUGGGAGAGAAAUGGUUGUGCUGGAUACUCUCCUGUUUGCACCCGCAGGCCACCCUCCCUGCCCUUUCUAGGUACCCAGCCAAUGUGGCUAAAUCAACAGGCCCCUUGACACCAGCUUCUGGUGGCUUGAGCCAAUGGCCAGCAAGACAGAAGAGCAGAGGGUGGGGAAAGCAAGGUCAGGGUUUCUGUCCUUGGGGUUCCCUCCCUGGUGGUGGCAGGACUGGCUGCAUUCCUCUCUGAAGGCUUGGCCAAGCCCCUCCCCAAACAGCUCUUGUCUCUAAGUUCAGCCUCCUGCUCCAUCCUCUUGCUCCUGCAGGCCCAGAGGUGGCAAUGACUCGCCACUGUUGUCAGCCUCAGUGUACUGAAGCAUCCCUUACCAGUUCCCCCAAAUUCUACCACAUCUUUAUUAAACACUCCUUAAUUACCCA